CCCAAUAGCGGCCGGCUCGCUAUUCGCUGUGAUCGCAGAAGUUAUUCGGAUACAUCAAUUCGCUCGGAUAGCGUCGGAUAAAUACUGCAAACGGACGUUUUACAAAUAGUUUGCCGGAAGCGACGGAACUUAUUUAGCGAAAUGUCCAAGUAAAUAUCUCGUUUGGUUGAUGUAAUUAAAAGUUGUGGGGACGAAGAAAUGAUGUUCUGAUAAUGUACUAUUUCUAUCGGAGAAUGUCGGUGUUUUGUACAGGGCAUUGUUGACCGGUUGUUUAACUUUAAGUGAACGCUAAAUAUUGAAUAUAUAAAUUGGCGUGCUAUAACAAACACUUUUGUUCUUCUCGCCAGAAGCAGUUGUGGGCUAUUGUGAUAUUAAGCUGAAAUGAGAAAUUUGUAUUAACGAUAUAUUAAUCCAACCAUAAAGCCAAUACAGUCAAUUAAUGAACUGGAGUUAAUAUCUUUAGCGCAAAUGUAAAUAUUUCUUUUCUGUUAAGGUUAAUUUUAUUUGCAAAAUGUGGACUUGUUAUUAUAUGAACAAAUCGAAGCUAGAUGAAUAAAAUUAGUAUGUGGUUGAUGUUCUUUCAUUUCUAUCGUUUAACUGACUUUAUCGGAGGAUUUUUGUAAAAAAGUGACAAUUAAAACAAUCAUUGAACGAUGUAAAUGGGGAGUGAUAAUACUAGCAGAGCUUAAAAUGAAUACGUUGUUUGGUUAAGUUUAUAAACACGGAUUUUACAAUAGAACUUAAGCAAAAAAGAUGCAAAACUCUACAAUAGACUACGAUAAAGGCGCGCAUGCACCGUAUAAAAUUGGCGGCAUGGCUGACAUCCUUGUUAACUCCACUGCUAAUCCUGUCAACAGUUCAAAUGACACAUGGGACACUACGACCACUCCGUUUCCGAUGUUUCGCUCCCCGCCCCUCCAACUGAGCGAGAUAAUCACACUUCCGUUCUACGCAUUAAUCUUCAUUUUGUCAGUGUCGGGCAAUUUGCUGGUGAUUAUAACAUUGAUUCAGAACAAAAGGAUGCGGACGGUGACUAACGUGUUCUUGUUGAACCUGUCUGUGAGCGACCUGCUGCUUGCUGUCUUCUGUAUGCCUUUUACCAUCGUACCCAUAAUGCUGAAGAACUUCAUCUUCGGCGAGAUCAUGUGUAUUAUGAUCAGAUAUCUACAAGCCGUGUCCGUGAGUGUGAGCUGUUUCACAUUGGUAGCCAUAUCUUUGGAGCGCUACUUCGCCAUCUGCCGCCCGCUACACUCACGAAGUUGGCAGACGCUGAAACACUCUUACAAGACCAUUGUCGUCUGCUGGUUUGUAGCGUUUAUUGUGAGCAUUCCGAUUGCCGUAUUCACACGUCAUUUGGAACGGCCCUCUGGCCAAACGAUAUGCCGGGAGUUUUGGAAUGACCCCGGAUGGCAGAAGGCCUACACUAUUUUCCUGGACCUGGUGCUUCUCGUCAUCCCAAUCAUAAUUAUGUCGAUCUCCUACGGCCAAAUUGCUAACACUCUCUGGAGUGGCUUGAAAAUGGAUAAGCGGGAAAUGGAAGAUCAGAAUGGCCAUGGCCAAAUAUUCAAAACCGAGACUCAAAUAAGCACUUCGAAGGAUGGCUUUGGGAGAAGUAUUAAUUCUAGUGAGAAUGAAAAUACAAACAAAUCUAGAAAAUCAGCGACUAAAAUGAGGUUCAACGCUAGAGGAGUACGUCAAACGAAUAACGAAAAAAGCAGAGCUGCUAAAAAAAGAGUCAUUAAAAUGCUGUUUGCUGUAGUGUUAGAAUUUUUCAUAUGCUGGGCGCCAUUGUAUCUUGUCCAGACCUGGAUUACAAUGGACAUAGAACACGCGACCUUACACAUAUCAAAUCUAAGCCACACUUUAAUUUUUCUUCUAUCCUAUAUAUCAUCGUGCUGUAAUCCAAUAACAUACUGUUUCAUGAACAAGAACUUUCGGAAUGGGUUUAAGGCCGCAUUUAGAUGCACUCGGUGUUCAGACGGAGUCAGGGCCAGACAUGAAAUGCCCUCCUACUACCACUACAGCUCUGCCAGAACUGGAGUCAGCCACGUGUCUACUGGGUAUGAGAAGGUGAACGGGAAGGAGGAAUCAGAUGAACUGUGACCUAUUGUUGAAACCAUGCCCCAAUAUCACAAGGACACUUAAGUCAAUUCUCAAUCUUAAUUACAAUCUCAACUCUUUUUACCAUAGAACCGCAAAGCAUGACUCAUUUGAUUAUGUAUUUCUGUUUUUAAAUGGACAUUUUCUCAAUGAUUAUCUAAAUUCAAGUAUUGUCUCAAUAUUCUGAAGAUAAGCAGUUCUAGAGCAAAAAUUGAACAUGUUUAUCAGCAUUAUUCACAUUUAAUAACAGUAAAGACAUCAGAAGUUUUGAAUAAUGUCAUGCUGUUAUAUGGACAAAUUAGUUGAUAUUGAGAUUUGACCUUAGUAUUUUCGUGAUAUUUGGGCCAUAUCCAAAAGAUACUGGCUUUGCUGUACCCCAUAGCCGUCCUGACCUGAAUAAUAAUGUAAAGACAAAACAUGUUACUUCUUAUCGUAGUUGCAUAAAUACUUUAAGUGUGUUGAAUAAGAACCAGAGUGACUUGUUAUGUAUUGUUGCAAUUGCGUCCUAAAAGAAACCUUGUUUAUGCCUCGUUUAGGUCUUCGUAUUUAUUACUCACUAUUGUUGUUGACAAUUAAACUUUGAAUUGGAUA